CCUACUAGCGGAUGUUGUUGUCAGCUGACAGGACUUCUUCCUCGUGUGUUUUUCUUUUUCUGCGCAUGAUUCCGCUAACAAUCAUCUUCCAAAUCGUUUCAAAGAGGCCGAAACAUUUAAUGUGCAGCGGAAACAAAGGUUAAUGAGAUGUCUGCAAAGCCAACCUGUCUGAUCGUGGCGAGCGCCUCUGCUCGAGGAGUGUCCGCGAAGUCUUUCCACCAGUCGUUCAGUCUCUGCACCUCAGCGUUUAAUCUCCAGACAGCCACACCUGGGGGGAAGCCAAUAGAAUUUGUUGGAGUCGAUGAAAGCACUGCCAGAUGGGUGCAGGAUUUCAACGUGAAACCUUAUGCAACACCGGCCAAACUAGAAUCUAUAGACGGUGCCCGAUACCAGGCGCUGCUCAUCCCCGACUGCCCUGGAGCCCUGAAUGACCUGGCACACAGCGGCUCUCUGCACCGCAUUCUCUCACAUUUCAUCUCUCACCAAAAGCCCGUUUGUGCAGUGGGACAAGGGGUGUCGGCUCUGUGUUGUGCCACUGAGGGACAGAAGUGGAUCUUCAAGGGUUACAGCUUGACAGGGCCGUCAGUAUUUGAACUGGUGCGGAGGCCUGACUUUGCCAACCUACCCCUGAUUGUGGAAGACUUUGUGAAAGACAGUGGAGGGUCAUUCACAGCAAGUGAAGAAGAUGCUGUGCAUGUCGUCGUAGACAGACACCUGAUAACUGGUCAGAACGUGCAGUCCACCUCACUUGCUGUACAUAAUCUAAUCCUGCUCUGUGGUUCCAAGUGAAAACUGACAAAUGUGAAUCAGGUGCAUACAAAUACAUCGUCUCACAUUUAUAUUCAUGUUAUUAAACAAACAUUGAUCUCAAAAAAAUAUUGGUCAAAACAGAUGUUUGGCAUCACUGCAAAAUACAACUUCAUUACUUGUCAAUGCUAUUGUUAUAAAUCUAUUAAAAAAAAAACACAAUCAAAUGUCUUGAUUUAAAGAUUAAAAAAGAAAAACUUGGGGCGUUUCUGGAGCAGAUGCGUUUUUGAUGAUGAAUGUUCAAAGCACGAUGCAUAUUCACAGCAGGCAGAACUCUGAAGGCGUCUGAACAAGAAUGUACCUUCAUUAAAACUUCUACCUUUGAUGAUCAUGCACCUUCUGUUGCUGAAUGAAGAUGUGUCACUGCACUGAACAAGUUAUUUUCAUUUUUACACCUGUAAACAGGAAAUAAAAGAUACUGAAGUACC